AUGUCGUUUUCGAAGGCCCGGCCCUGCGGGGCUGGCGUUUUCUUAGUCGGAUUACCGCCAUCGGACGGCAAAAUCGAAGGUCCACGCCCGCGGGCCCUGCGCGAGACCUUCGAUUUCGGUCUCGCUCACGCGCGUUGCGCUCCACCUCCCUCCUCCCACCUCCUCCUCCCCCUCCUCCAUUGCCACCGUCGCGACGGCGACCGCCUGCACCAUGUCGAACGCGAUAGAGGAUCCCCGGUCAGGGCGGCCAUUGAGCACUACCUGUUAGAUCUGGAGAACACCCAGCCGAAGAAUACGAAGCGAAAUUAUCGUCCCAAGCAGGAAGAAUGGAAGGAGUGGUGUCAAGCCAACUGGCCUGCGAUCCCGGACGUUUGGCCGGCCUCGGUACCACAGGGCCAACAGCUACCGGGAGACCUGGUCGAUGAAGGAAAGCUCUUGCUCUUCAUGAAGGAGGUAGUGGCAUCACGUCCUCCAAAGAAAGGAAAGAGGGUCGCCGAUGAAAGAAAACGACACCUCGAGGCUCAGGAAGCCAAGAGGGCCGUGAAAAGACGCAGAGCACCAUCAGAUACCAUCGUUGUAGGCGGCGGAGGUAGCGAAUACGAGUCAGACUCCGACUUGGAGUUGUAUGAGUCCACGCUCAAACUACAGUAUAAUACUAUACCCGACCACACCAACGUGGCAUGGUCCGAGAGAGAGAUCGCCUGCGCCCUGAGGACGCAGGUGGACUUUCUGCUCGGGAACCACAUGCUGCUGCGGUCCGGCAACCGCCUGCCGAUGGAGUUGGCAGACUGCUUUCCCCUGGACUUACCCAACGAGGGCUUCAAGGCCCAGGGUAGAAAAGGCGGAAAGGUUUCCGUCUUCCAAAGAAGCGAAGACUGGUAUGAAACGAAGGUGCUCCGCCGAUCGGCGAAGGAGCCUCAAGCUCCGUUGUCGGGCCAGACUGCCCGAGAAUGGACGUCCAGGUUCUACAAGAAGGCCGGCAUCAAGGUCUCCAAGGUCAGCCACGCGCCUAGAGUGGCGGCGACGCAAAACGCCGACAUGGCCGGAGUGGAUGAAGGCCAGAUCCGCCGAGCCGGUCGUUGGAAUAACGGAGACCAAAUGACCGGCUGCUAUCUGACUUCCCUGCCUUUCGAAUUCAUGAGGGCCGUGGCCGACUUUGACCCUGAAUGGUCGGGGUCUUAUUUCGUGCCCCGGGCCACCGUGAGGCCGCCUGUGGUGCUACUCGUGCAGGUCUGGCCUCAACUCGACAAAUGGAAAGAGGCCCACAGUAGCCCUUUCUCAGAUCUCGGGGUGGAGCAGAACAUGGCCGCCGGCGCCUUCUUGGAACUCCUGGAGUGGCUUCGAGAGGUGCUCCUGCAGGACGCUGUCUUCCUUCGCGAGUCCUACCCCGACCAUCCUAUCUUUCAGGAUCCGGUCUUCUCUUGCCCCGAGUUUGAAGCGUUCGCCAGCAAAGUUCAAGACACAUGCACACGGGACCACGAAGACAGCCAUACCACGGUCAUUCAAAAGCGAUCCCGGUGGUUGCGGAGAAGCUGCGCACAGUACUGA